UACAAAAGUGAACAUUUAACGUUUUCAUUUCUUCGAGAGCUUCAGUUUGUUAUCGAUCUUCUUUCAUCAUGGAGGAACACUGGCGUACUAGCAACGAUAAGCUUGUCUCAGCAGAGGAAGGCUUAAAGCCUGAAAUAAGGAAGAACGUGAAACGAGAAAAAAUCGACUUUUAUAAACAAUUUAUACAAAUCGCUAAAUUGAUUUUCUAUUUUCAAUUGAUUUGUUUCUUUGCAUGGAGUAGUUAUACCAUUUGGGAAACGUACAGUCGACAUGGAAAUAAUCAUUCCUACAUUUUGAAUUCGGGUUCUAAAUCAUCUGGCAAAGAUGAAUUUUUGAAAGUUUUGAACGAAUCAUCGCCGUUAAUUUUGAAUAAUGUCGAAGAAAGUUUAGAAACGAUUACGACAACGAAUAAUCCUAUUGAAAGGGUUUCAUUUUCGAAUAAUAUUUUAUCUAACGAUGAUGAACUUGUUACGACUAUGAAAAUUCUUGAUUCGAGUUCAGAUAAAAAUGAUAUUUUUAUAAUAAAUCCUGAAGAAAAGGUUACCACAAAUCCCUUUGAAAAUACUAGUACGUAUAAAUCAAUUGAGGAUUCGUCAGAAUUACAAAUUGACGAUUACAAAAAUAAAAUGGAAAAUGCAGUGUCGAGUUCGGAAAUAAUAGAAAAUAAUGAUAAGGAUGAACAAGCGGUGCUCGAGUGGUACACCCCAUUGUUUUCUAAUUUUUAUAUGGAUUCCAAAUCAUCUAUCGAUAAUUCUUCGAAAGAAACCCGUAACAGUGAAACAGAGGAAAGUGAUUUAAACUCUGACGAAUAUAAUUCAGCGUCCGAAAAUAAAGAAAUGGAGAUUCUUUUGAUGCGAUUAAAUUUAAUUAAUAUAUUAUUAAGUGAUUUAUCUGAUAAUUAUUCGAGUAGUAUAACCGAUGAUUUAGUUGAAACUACGGAAAAUUCGAGUAUUGACGAGAAGUCCGAAUAUUGGAGUCCAUAUGUUGAUUCUUCGGAUAUUUUAGAAAACUUGAAACUGGGGAGGUUUCAGGUUGAGGGAUCAGGUUCCGUAUCAGAAGAAAAUUUCGAAGAAAACGAAGAUCCGCAUAAAUAUCUCAGGAUAAAUCCUGAUCGCGGUUACUUAGAUUUGACUCAUUCCUUUGUAAACGACGAAGACUUAGAAAAGUCUGAUACCUCAAAAGUGGAGGAUGAUACUACGAGCGAAUUGAAGUCUAGGUUCUUUCCUAUCUUAGAUUGGAAAAUGGAAGAUAGUAGUAUUGAAACGAGUAAAACGGAAGAAGAAUCUACGGAAAGGAAUAUACCGACGGAAAUGUUUGAUAAAUUUAAUGAAGAACAAUUUGUAAACGUAAUUAAGACUCUCCAUCUUGGGGGACUUAUUUUCAGCGAUGACAUUGAUCCUUCCGUUAAUUCCGAAAAAGAGAUUGAAAGUGGACAACGUCAGGAAAAUAACAGUUGUGUCGAAGACAUAAUCGAAGGUAUUAAAGUAUUGAGAUGUGAUUCUAUUCCUUUAAAACUAAUUAAGGAGGGACAAGAUUUUGAUAUUUUUCAAGAAUCCAACGAUGAUUCUUCUUUUAAUCCAUUUAGUGAUUCAUCUACGGAAGGAAACGAUGAAUCUACUCAAAAUACUUACUCUUUUAUCGAUCCCCAUUUCUCAAUAAACUUCAACUCGAAUCGAAUGAAAUUAUCUAAUGAAAAUAUUCCUGAUAAUUAUGGUAUAAACGAUCAGGAACCAAUAGAAGAUACGAUGGAUUUUUCUAAUUUUGAAUCCGGAAAGCCGGAUAUCUCAACAGAAUGGGGAAUGAAUAUAAACCCAUCUACGGAUGCGUAUCUUGAAGAAAAUUCGUAUCAAGAUACAGAAGAUCCAAUACGUUGGUGGUUAGAUUUAUCUAGAUAUCAUGAAAAGGAACCAGUGUUUGGUAACUAAAUAUUAGAAGAAGAAGUAAACUCGCGAAGAGUAUGGGACAAAAUAACUUUUGACGAUAUUACAAAGAUUGAUAAAUGAUCAUUAUGUGUCUCUCUGUUGCGUCAUCAUUAAAAAAUUAGAAACGUCAAAAUCGUUAUCGUUGAAAUUUUUCAUCCGCAAUAUUGUUGAUUUAUCAAAGCGUGUAUUAACACAAAGAAAUGAAUAAAUUUAGAAUGGCGUGAUUAGCAUGCUAAUAUUGUCCCUUUUUAAUAUUUUCAAUAGAAACUUUUUUCGAUGAUUAAUACUCGAAUGGGAAGAGAAGGAGAAGAAGGAUUACGACGAACAACGAAAUUCUCACAAACGAUUGAAUGCAUAUAUGUUUAAAAUUAGGUUAAUUUAAAAUAAGAUGCGAUAAUACUCGAUGGCAAGAUUGAACGAGAAGUUGAGAAGAUUUUAUUCAGAUAAUAUAUGGAUAUUAUCUCUUUUCUCAUAUCAACGCAUUACACGAGCUUUAUCUUCGAGAACGUAAACUCGAGGAUGAUUAUGUAUCGAAGGAAUUUUCAAAUAUGAAACUUUAGAAAUUAUAAAUUAAAUAUAUUUCAAUUAUUAUUUAUAUAUUGAAAUUCGUAAUGUUAUUUGUUAAUAAGAACAAUGCAUAAAUAUAAAUAAUAUUUAAUGGUUAUAUAUAUUUUUACUUUUGGGGGUAUGUAAUAAUGUAAUAGAAAAUUCAUACGAAUGAAUACGAAACGUAUAACAGAAAUUUGAUUCUAUUGAAUUAUAUCGUCGAUGAUGACGAUGAUGAUGAUGAUGAGGAUCGCAAUGAAAUUAUAUUCAAUGAUAUUCGUGAACACUCGAAAUAAAAGCAUGUCGCAUGACAAUUAAUGCAUUACUCAAAUAACCGCAGUGAACACCAGGCCUUGAACUUAUUUAUGCUAAUCUGUAAGGAUUUAUGUCGGUGUUAAGUUGAUAACGCUCUUCUAUAUGUUAGCUAAUUGGCAAUUACAAUUAUUUGAUCGGCGAUUACGCAGCGACCUAUUUGCUGAUCAACCUCGUCACAAUUUUCGCGAUCCUGUUUGUUGUAUCGUUUGAUUUUUCACAUAUUCCGAUACACGGUUUAAGUUAAAACGCGAUUUCAAUUUAAAUCGAAUAAUCAGUGCAUGUUUUUUUCUGUUUAAAAAAUAAACUUAGUAUCAUCGGUUUUUCUAUUUGAAAUUCGAAUGCAAUUUUUAAUGUCCUUGCUUUUUUUGUUUUUCCUUCGUAUUAUCGAAAAAAUAUUUCUAAAAAUACUUUUAUUUAUUAUUUAAACCAGCAUCGAAUUGACUAUCUUUAGCAUUCCAUUGCAAAAUAUAUAAUUUUUGUUAAAAAUUGGUUACUGUAUAAAUAGGUAUAUCUAAAUUAUCGGUAUGUGUGGUGUUUUAAAAAACUUGAAAGGCUAUUCUCUGCCCUUGUUCAAAUAUUUUGCGUUGAUCUUAAUCGUAUACCAAAGCAACUUGGCAGCGUACACAUUCCAAUAGUUUGAAUCGAGAUCACGAAAUAUCAAGCGACGCGUCGUUACUUUUCCCUCGGGUUUAUUUUUUUUAUUUCAUUUUAUUUUUAUUGCGAUCCUUAUCCAGGAGCGUGCUCACCGUUCUGAGUGUUUCAUGAUUCACGCAUAACGUUGAUUUACGUUCGAUUUACAUUCGUCGUCUUAAAGUUUCUUUUUUUAUUUUCUUUCCCCUUUUCCGUUUAUUUUCUUUUCAUAUUUUUUUUCAAUUUUAUUUCAAACCGACCCAGUCAUCAUCCUCGCCAUCAAUCGAAAGAAUUAAAAAUUAGGUGUUUCACAAUAAGUUAACUUUAACAAAUCUUAUCUCACAGAUUUUUGUUUUCUGCGUUACUUCGUAUUUUUCUUUGUAAAAUCUGUUGAGAGAUAAAAAAAAAAAAAAGAAAAGAAAGCUUUCAUUUAAAUUCGCGUGAGUGGUCGUUCCUCGAGUUAUUAUUUAUUUUUUCUUACAUUUCUAACACACUGUGUAUUAUUGGUCGAUUUUUAAAGUGUCUCUAAACUGUUAAGAGAAGUAGGUGAAAGUAAAGAGAAAGAUAUCGUUAAGAUAGUAGAAUUCUAGUAUGCUCGAAAUGUAACUUAUUGUUUCUUAGUGUGUUUUUCGGUACUAUUCGGACGAGAACAAAUACGAAUUGUUAGUUGUUACUGUUACGCGAGUAAAGACAAAUCUUCUUUAGGAAACUUUAUAUACUUAGAGCUAUAAAACAGUGAAAGCAAUGCAAUAAAUUGUCGAGUCUCUUUUCGUGCUAACGUCACCGGAAGAUUCUCUUCUCCUCUUUGUUC